GAAAACACUCCGGAAGUGCUACUGUUGUAGAACGCUUGACUGUCUUCUGGUGUCUAUUUCUGUCAAAAUGGCUCGUCCGCUACCAUUUAAAAUUGCCGUUGUUUCCAGUGUUUUGUUUAUCGUAUGCACGAAUUUUGUACGUUGUAAUAACGGCAGAAAGGUUGGCGAUGUCAUGGACACUGAAUUAAGUGGUUUCUCCGUACCUCUUGAACACUCAUUUGAAGUCGAUGAUGUCGCAAAGUUUCGAGUGCGCGGAGCACUGGUGUUAAAAGCUGGAAGGGAGCCCAGCGUCUCACUAACUCAGAGCCAGCUAUCAGAGGAAGACAGAACCAAACUGAAGGAAGUGGCUGCAGUGGACGGUCUGUACAGGGUCAGAGUGCCUCGUGUUUUCCUGCAGGCAGACAGACAGACAGAGCGGCAGAUGGAAGGUUACCUCACAGCAUUUGUCAGAGCCUGUGCCAUGGUUGAGUCUCAUCUGAGCGAUGUCAUCUCCCUCCACACUGACGUCUCUGGCUACCUCAUCGGUGUCUCCAUAGUGACGUUACCUGGAGCCUGCAGGGGCACUGAGGUUGAGGAUGAAGUUGAUCUUGAGGUUUUCAACACCACACUCAGCAUAAUGGCUCCUGUCAAUGCACCAGGACCUGAGACAGCUCUGUUCCUUGAGCGAAUGGAAAUGGAAUCUGAGAAGAAAGGGAAGAAUCCACAAGAGCAGAAAUCUUUCUUUGCUAAAUAUUGGUAUUUGAUUCUGGGAGGUGCAAUCUUCCUCAUGGUCACCAACUCAGCACAGCCCCCAGCAGGGGGAGGCAGAGAGCAGAGCUGAUUCCCGCUGAAUGGAUGUACAUCGUGCCUCUCGUUCUCUUCCUCAUGAUGUCUGGGGCUCAGGACCAAUCAGGCGGAGGAGCCGGGGGUGGAGCAGCCAAUGGAGGCGGCCGAUGAUCAACACGCAACAGCUUCUUUUUCUCUUUUUUUGGUGAACAUUUCCUGGACAAUAAUUCUCUUUAACAGAUUUUAAUUGCUGUACAUAAUGCUAUUUAAGUAGAAUACAUGUCUGACACACACACAUGCUUAACUUAAACUUGUACAUCAUAAAGGAGAUAUUGUGCCCUGCAGGUGACUGCAUUUUUAAUACUAAUGUGAAAAUAAAGUAUUUAUUACUUGAA